AUGUUGAAUUUGUCUCUUGUAUCAUCAUCAUCAUCAUCAUCAUCAUCAUCAUCAUCAUCAUCAUCAUCAUCAUCAUCAUCAUCAUCAUCAUCAUCAUCAUCAUCAUCAUCAUCAUCAUCAUCAUCAUCAUCAUCAUCAUCAUCAUCAUCAUCAUCAUCAUCAUCAUCAUCAUCAUCAUCAUCAUCAUCAUCAUCAUCAUCAUCAUCAUCAUCAUCAUCAUCAUCAUCAUCAUCAUCAUCAUCAUCAUCAUCAUCAUCAUCAAUAGUAGUUGAGUUUGAUUAG